UCUCUUCUCAUCCUUCUUUCUCCUUCCCAUUGCAACCCUCAGCGCUUUGUACGACGAAUCAUCCCAUCCGUUGAUAGAAAAAUCCAUGGCAUGACCCAUUUCUCCAAAUCUUCUCAAAAUGCACCCAAAUCUGUCCACCUUCUCCCUGCAACUCCCAUCUUCCUCUCCAUUGAUCUCCAACUUCAGAGCAAUCUCCAUUUCAGGCCUCAAACCAUGCAAUUCACGGAUUCCUGAGAGGUUUCGGAAGGAACCCAUCACCAGAAUCUACUGCGUUUCAGCUCGGCCGAAGAGGAGAGAGGUAACGAAGAGCAGCGAGCGGUCUGAAGCGGAAGAUCUUGUUCGGGUUCUGCUGAGGAAUUCCAGCGAUGAGAAGCCGCUGGCGUCGACGCUGAGUAAGUACGUGAAGAUCAUUAGAACGGAGCAUUGCUUUCUCCUUUUCGAAGAGCUUGGGAAGAGAGAUCAAUGGCUUCGAUGCCUCGAGGUAUUCAGGUGGAUGCAGAAGCAACGAUGGUAUAUAGCAGAUAAUGGUGUAUAUUCUAAGUUGAUAUCCGUGAUGGGGAAGAAAGGCCAGACACGGAUGGCAAUGUGGCUCUUCUCUGAGAUGCGUAGUAGUGGGUGCAGGCCAGACACUUCAGUCUACAAUGCACUGAUUACAGCACAUUUGCAUUCUCGAGAUAAAUCCAAAGCUUUGGCCAAAGCCAUUGGAUACUUUGAGAAGAUGAAAGGCAUGGAAAGGUGCAAGCCCAACAUCGUAACCUACAACAUUCUUUUGAGAGCAUAUGCUCAGGCACAGGACGUAAAUCAGGUCGAAGCCUUAUUCAAGGAUAUCGACGGGAGCAUAGUUUCAGCUGACAUCUAUACUUACAACGGGGUGAUGGAUGCGUAUGGGAAGAAUGGCAUGCUAAAAGAGAUGGAGUCUGUGCUCUCACGCAUGAAAAGCAAUCAAUGUAAGCCAGACAUUAUCACAUUCAACCUACUCAUUGAUGCAUACGGGAAGCGACAAGCAUUUGAUAAGAUGGAGCAGGUCUUCAAGAGCUUGCUGAGGUCAAAAGAGAAGCCAACGCUACCCACAUUCAAUUCGAUGAUAAUGAACUAUGGGAAGGCCAGGCUUAGAGAGAAGGCAGAAUCUAUUUUGGAUAAAAUGGCCGAGUUGGGCUAUCAACCUAGCUACAUCACAUAUGAAAGUCUCAUCACAACUUACGGAUAUUGCGAUUGUGUUUCAAGAGCAAGAGAAGUGUUCAGCGAGAUGAUAGAUUCAGGGAAGGAGAUGCAGGUCUCGACUUUGAAUGCUAUGCUUGAUGCUUAUUGCAUAAAUGGGUUACCAACUGAAGCUGAUAUGCUUUUGGAUUAUGCAUCGAGUAACAGUUUGUUGCCAGAUGCUUCGACAUAUAAACUUCUUUACAAGGCCUUCAUGAAAGCCAACAUGAAAGAGCUGCAACAGAAAUUGCUAAAGCGCAUGGAUGAAGACGGUAUUGUUCCCAAUAAGAAGUUCUUUUUGGAGGCCUUGGGAGCAUUUGGUUCAUCCCAAACAAGAUCAGGGUCUGAUCAUGACUUGAAUGUUUCAAACCCACCACAGAUUAGUGCAAAGACAUAGCAAACCUGAGAAACUCCCUUGGUACACAUUGUUGCAAGAACUUGGGUUGGCUUAACUUGAAAAGACAGGUUGUUGUUAAGAAGUUGGAUUUUGCGUCGAAGGGUGCAGCUGCAAUGUGCUUCAUGCUUAUGGAUGCGUUGACCAUUGCUGAUAAUUGUUGAAUUGGGCAUUUGCCUUGCCUUGUUCUUGUAUUGUGUUUUUUUUUUCUCUCUCUUUUUUUCCUUUUUUUUUUUUUUGUCUGACGGUCAUGUUGUAUGUCUUUUGAAUUCAACAAUGAUUUACGAUUCUUUGACAGAAAGAAGCUGAUAGUUUCUUUCGAA